AUGACGAUUCAUGCUGUUUGGGUGAUUAACAAAGCUGGAGGAUUGGUAUUUUCACGUACUUAUUCAGAUACUUUACCAACACAAACUUUGAACGCUACGUUAAUCCUCGCCGGGACAUUACAUGGUAUACACGCUAUAACUUCUCGGUUAAAUCCAAUCACGGGAAAAGGAGGUUUGGAAAGUUUUGAAGGUGAAAAUUGGGGUGGAAAAAUAUGGAUGAGUUUGACUGGAAUAAAAUUCGUGGUUUUACAUUCUAUAGCUCAUCAAGGUUUAGAUGAACUGAUGAGAAAGAUAUAUGAGAUAUACUCAGACGCAGUGAUGAAAAACCCUUUUCAAACACUUGAAAUGCCGAUAAAUUCUUCUUUGUUCGAAUCUAGGUUAUUGGGAUUGAUACAGAGUGUCAACUAG